CCUGCAGUUUAUACCUCAUUCACUAGGAUGCUGGCCCUGUAGCAGGGAGCUUCUCCGUGUGCGCUGUCCGUCGUGAGAGGAAAAACUAAAUGAAAUCAAAGAAAACAUUUAACGUUUAAUUUGAGCCAAAUUAUCCCGCCGUUCAGUGUCAAUGCGACGUUUCGGUUUCCGGCGUACAAGACCUACUUUUGGCGAAGGGAGCAUGGCAGCCGAGAACACUGCGGGCGGAGCUGAGGAGCUGCAGCUCGAACCCUCAGCACCAAAAGCGCGUGCCGGGUCACUGCACAAACACUGCCAUGGGCUGGCUGAAUCCUUGGAGGUUGAGCAAGAAGGGCUGGUGGAGCACCAACCUCUGGAGCAGGACGACCUCAACUUUGAGAGAUGGAAGCCCAAGCCAAAGCCUAAGAGGACACUGCAUGAAAAGAUAGAUGACCUCAAAACAUACCUGUGGAACCCUGAAACCAAGGAGUUUAUGGGGCGAUCAGGAAAGAGCUGGAGCCUCAUUCUUUUUUUCUACUCUGCAUUGUACAUUUUCCUGGCAGCCAUGUUUGCUGGCUGUAUGUGCUGUCUCAUGUGGUCCAUCAGUCCUUAUGCUCCGACCUACAAUGACCGGGUGAUGCCUCCAGGGAUGACGAUGCUGCCACAAGUAGAUGUUGUCCAUGGAUUUGAAAUCACCUUCAACGCAUCUGAUCGUAGCUCAUGGAAGAAAUAUGCUAGAGCACUGGAGGCUCAACUUAAACCCUAUGAUGACACACUUCAGAAAAGGCGUAACAUUGAAUGCAAGAUGGGCACAUACUUCUUGCAGGACAGCCUGGAGGAGAGUGCUGAGAGAAAAGCAUGUCAGUUUAAGAGGUCCUCACUGGGGCCAUGCUCAGGCAUUGAGCAAAAAGACUUUGGCUACGCUCAUGGAAAGCCCUGCAUCCUCCUCAAAAUGAACCGAAUUCUUGGCUAUCUACCAGGUCAAGGUACUCCAGUGAAUGUGACAUGUGCCGUUAAAAAAGGGACGCCUGAGGAGCUCGGAGAAGUAGAAUUCUAUCCAAAAAAUAUUUUUGACUUGAUGUACUAUCCUUAUUAUGGGAAGCUCAGGCAUGUAAACUACACUUCUCCUCUGGUGGCGGUUCGCUUUCCCAAUCUCCAGCAGGAUGCUCAUCUACAUGUACAAUGUAAGCUAAAUGGCAAGGGGAUAAUCAAUGAUUCACCAACCGACCGCUUCCUCGGUAGUGUGUCUUUUAAUCUACAAGUUGGUGCUUAGUCUGGAAGAAGGAAUGCAGAGGGGCUAAACAAACUUCUCAGUGUACGUUAUGGUUAAAAUAGACAAAUAUACCGUCUUUACCCAUUUUCCUGCCACUGCACCUUUCACUUGUGUUUAGCACAUACAUGCUUACAAACAAAAUGCCCCAGUAGGCUACUAAGAAGAGCAAACAUUGCAGUAUAUGAUAUUUAGAAUAGUGUAGGAGCAUAAAUUGUGUUUAUUUUCAUCAUACAUUAAUAUUUGCUACUUUAAGAGGGAAAAAAAUCACAAAUUUAGGUUUUGAGCCAAACCUGUUCAAAUGUAGAUAUACACUGUACAGUAAAGAGGGUCAGUAUUGGGUUUUCGGUGAGUUUACUAAAACAUCUCUAUCUAAAGUCAAUUGUAUGUUUGCUUUUUUUGAACAAAUCAAGAGAUGUUUAGCUCUUAAGCCAUACAAGUGAUUAAUUGUUUAACAAUCACUUUUUUAUGAAUACAUAAAUAAAAACAAGAGGCAAAAAGAAAAUUGGUAGUUUACUAUACCAAGAUUUGGUUUACUGGUCAAUUACAAAAUUACAAUAUGGUCAAUUAUUCUCCAAAAAAAAAAAAAGAUUUUAUGUGACAAAUACGCACAUACAUUGUAGUCCAAGAAAGAACGAGUAUUUAAUGUUAUUUAUAUAAUUGGCAGCCAGUUUGAACCAAUUUUAACUACAUUUUAACUGCAAAAGGCUUCUUGUAGAAUAUCUAGCUCGAUUAUACAAUAUAUUCAAGAUGAUUUUUCUCUCCUCAGUUAUGUGUUUGUUAAACAAUUAUUCAAGCUUAAAUGGCCUUAAUUUGCAAAAAAAAAAAAAAAAAAAAAAAAAAAAAAAAAAAA